AUGUACUCGUAUUGGACCGAUGAGAUUGCGGAUCACUUCAGGAAAGAAGGCCUCAGACUGGCAGAUGAGAACGAGUUGGGCCUUAUUGUGCUGUACGGUACAUGGCCGGGCAUGACACGCACGAUACUGAACGAUCAUACUCGAUUUGUAAACACGUACGUUAAGCACGGCGUGUACUUCACGGGUGAUGAAGGCGUGUUCUACCGUGGUAAGCUGUUCGUGCGUGGCCGUGCAGAUGACAUAAUAAACGUAAGCGGCCACCGCAUAAGUACGGCUGAGGUGGAAAGCGUGUGUGCACAGUACGUAGAUGGCAAUGAACGGGUGAUGGAAGUUGCGAUGGUUGGUGCUCCCGACGAAAUAACGGGUCUGAGCAUCGUUCUAUUCGUGGUCGGUGAUGUAGGUGAGGAGAAACUACGCAUGUUCCUUAAAAGACGCAUCGGUGCGAUCAUCAAUCCGAAGCGGAUUUACUUCGUGAAAGACUUGCCCAAGACAAGGACCGGCAAGAUUAUGAGAAGGGUGCUGAAGGGGCUGAUCUGCGGAGAAGAUGUUGGCGAUUUGAGCACGAUUGGUAACGAAGAGUGUAUCGAUGAGAUAAGGAAGGUUGUGGCAGGCUAA